CUCCCCACUUAACAAACACACACGAUAGAAUAAAGUUAUAAAAGAUGGCAAUUAGGUGUUUAGCCUUGUUCCUCGUUGCUCUCACGGUGGCUCAAUCUGUCACUGCGACAAGACCGGCCCCGGCCAAGAAUGUUGGAGCUGGUCUUGACGACCAAAAGAACUUUGUUGCGUUUGGUGGCGUCGGUGGAGCUGCUGGAGUUGGUGGUAUUGGAACAGGUCUUGGUGGUGUAGCCGGUGGAGUUGGUGGUGUCGCCGGAGUUUUGCCUGUAGGUGGAGUAGGCGGAGUAGGAGGAGGAAUCGGUGGUCUAGGCGGUGGUUCAGGUCUUGGUGGUGGUUCAGGUCUUGGUGGUGGAAUAGGUGGUCUAGGCGGUGGCUCAGGUCUUGGUGGUGGUGUAGGUGGACUUGGCGGUGCAGGCGGUGUAGGUGGAGUUGGCGGUUUGGGUGGAAUUGGCGGUGGAAGCGAUUGUGGUGGCGUUCUUCCUCACCCUUAAUGAUAAAACGUUUUUUUUUUCAUAAUUAUUAAUAUUUGUAUCAGGUUUAUCAUGUUUUAAGUUUUUUUUUUUUCCGAUGUUUAUGUUUAAGUCCUUGUUUGUUUUCUACUCCAUAUAUGCUUUUGUUUUUGUUUUCAUGCUGUUUGUUAUUAAUUACUUGUGAGAAACCUUGUGCUAUCAAUAAAUAGAGUAUAUUUUUCGUCUU